AAAUGUCUCUCUGGCCCGUCCCCCUCUUUGCUUUAAUAUUUCGCUCAAUCUGAGCUGGUUCAGAUUUCAUUGCCGCCCCCUCGUUUCUGCCUGCCUUUCCUCCUCCUCGAUUAUUGGAGCUUGGUGUUUGGGUUAGGUUGGGUCGGCAUCACGUGAACACCUGCUGUUAGUAAAAGGGGGAAGCCAGCAAAAUCGGGUAGUUUGUAGACUGCAGCAAGCAUCGGGAUUAAACAAGAUAACCUUCUGUUCGCUGAGAGUUGGACCCAGCAAAGGAAAACCUACUUAGUCUAAGAUGUAAAUACCUUCAACUUCUGCCCCAAGAAGUGACCGAAAUUUUGCGAAGACAAAUCUGACGAUUUUUUAAACGUACGCAGCAGUAGCAGCUCGCCUGGAUAUUCACUGGGCUGUAUUUUUUUAUCUUUGGGAUUUAAAUCGAGGACGCGAAAGACGGAUUUUUUUUUUAAAUCGUUAUAUCUGCUUCGAGAAAGUGAAAUAAACUUUUAACUGCAAAUCUGGCUCGCAUCCACUGGUGGAAAAUUAAACUAAAGCAGUCCAGGAUCUUUAUGUUGUUGGUGAAAUAUAUUCAGGAAACGCUGAAAAAGUCCAAGAGUGUGAAAAAAGAUAGCGGCAGGUUGCCAGCUUGCUAUGAAAUUGUAACUAUUUCUCUGAGCAAGAAGAUGGCUGCGGAACUGUACCCGUCGAAACACAGUAACAGCCAGCAGAACAGCGAGCACAGCGGCAACAGCGCGGUGAACUCUUCAAAGAGGAGCUUACUGCUUCGACAGGGUCAACAGAAGCCACUGAACAACAAUCACAUCCACAACACCAACUGGCAGUCCUUCUACCCUACCCUGCGGGAAAGGAAUGCCAUGAUGUACAACAACGAACUGAUGGCUGACGUGCAUUUCAUCGUGGGGCCGCCGGGAGCAUCACAGAGAGUGCCAGCUCACAAGUACAUCUUGGCGGUCGGCAGUUCGGUCUUUUACGCUAUGUUUUACGGAGAACUAGCUGAGAAUCAAUCCGACAUUCAAAUUCCGGACGUGGAGCCCGCGGCUUUCCUUAUUCUGCUAAAGUAUUUGUAUAGCGAUGAGAUUGACUUGGAGGCAGAUACGGUGCUGGCUACCCUGUACGCUGCCAAGAAGUACAUUGUCCCUUACCUAGCAAAAGCCUGUGUCAACUUCCUUGAGACCAGCCUGGAGGCCAAGAAUGCCUGUGUCCUGUUGUCGCAGAGCAGGCUGUUUGAGGAACCCGAGCUUACUCAGCGGUGCUGGGAGGUGAUAGACGCCCAGGCUGAACUGGCCCUGAGGUCGGAGGGCUUCUGCGAGAUCGACCUGCAAACACUAGAGAUCAUCCUGUCCCGGGAGACGCUGAAUGCCAAGGAAGUGGUGGUGUUUGAGGCCAUCGUCAACUGGGCUGAGGCGGAAUGCAAGAGGCAGGGCCUGCCGCCAAGCGCCCGGAACAAGAGGAGUGUGCUGGGAAAAGCCCUCUACAUCGUACGCAUCCCCACAAUGUCGCUGGAGGAGUUCGCCAAUGGUGCCGCACAGUGCGACCUGCUUACUCUGGAGCAGACACACGACAUCUUCUUGUGGUACACAGCUGUCAACAAGCCCCAGCUGGAGUUCUCCACUGCACAGAGGAAGGGUCUGGCCCCCCAGCGCUGUCACCGGUUCCAGUCCUCCGCCUACCGCAGCAAUCAGUGGCGGUACCGGGGCCGUUGCGACAGCAUUCAGUUUGCAGUGGACAAGCGUGUCUUCAUUGCCGGCCUGGGCCUAUAUGGCUCAAGCUGUGGCAAGGCAGAGUACAGCGUCAAGAUCGAGCUGAAACGACAGGGGGUAGUCCUGGCUCAGAACUUCACCAAAUUUAUCUCAGACGGUUCCAGCAUCACGUUCUCGGUAUGGUUCGAGCACCCUGUGCAGGUGGAGCAGGACACCUUCUAUACUGCCAGUGCCAUCCUGGAUGGCAAUGAGCUGAGCUACUUUGGGCAGGAGGGGAUGACGGAGGUGCAGUGCGGCAAAGUGACGUUUCAGUUCCAGUGUUCGUCUGACAGCACGAAUGGCACAGGCGUACAAGGAGGCCAAAUCCCUGAACUCAUUUUCUAUGCCUGAGUAAGGGCGUUUUGCCUUGGAAAUCACAAAAUGAGAGCAUGUUCUGCCUUCAACUGCUGCUAACCAAGGGAGUAUAGCAAGAAUUUGACCUCUUGCUUCUUCUACUGACAUUAUCAGACUGUAUUCAGUGGUCCUCUGGGAUCAACUGUCAACUCAAACUAUCUUAAAUUGAAGGAAUGUUUGAUUGUAAAUUAAUUUUAUUUAUUUAUAAUGGCUAGAGAGUAUUAUUAUUGGACACACUGAAGCUGCAAGGGCCAGUUGUUCAGUGUUGCACUCAUUUGUGUGCUGUCUUUUGUACAGAAGUGCUGUUUAAAAUGGUGAAUGACAUUUCAAUACCUGUGUACUUACAGCUGAUGAACUUGUACAGUAUAAAGAUUUUUACAUGAUUA